AUGCAGUUCCGUACCAUCUUGGCUUUGGCUCUUGCCCUAGGCACUUCCGCGGCACCUUUGGGUUCAGUCCAGAAGAGGGGAAGUCCAGUUCCUCCUCUCGUGGAUGCUGGAAUCGAGAAGAGAGCAAGCCCACUCCCUCCUCUCGUGGAUGCUGGUAUUGAGAAGAGAGCAAGUCCAGUGCCUCCCCUAGUCGACGCUGGAAUCGAGAAGCGUGCAAGCCCUGUGCCUCCUCUUGUUGAUGCUGGUAUUGAGAAGCGCGCAAGCCCUGUUCCCCCUUUGGUUGAUGCCGGAAUCGAGAAGCGUGGCAGUCCUGUGCCCCCUCUUGUUGACGCUGGCAUCCAGUAG